AUGCCUCACGUAUACGACGUCCUCAUCAUCGGCGGCGGUCCCGCCGGCCUCUCCAUGGCCACCACGCUCGCGCGGCAGGCCUUCUCGGCGCUGGUCCUCGACUCGGGCGCCUACCGUAACGCGCGCGCCGCGCACAUGCACAACGUGCCGGGCUUCGACCACGCGCCGCCCGCCGCCUUCCGCGCCAAGGUGCGCGCCGACCUGGAGGCGCGGUACCCGUCGAUUGCGUUCCGCGACGGCACGGCCAUCGUGGAGGUGCGUCGAGCGACAGCGGCGGCGGCGGCGGCGGCUGGUUUUGAGGCAGAGGACGCGGAGGGUAACGUGUACUACGGCAGGAAGCUGGGUCUGGCGACGGGAGUCCGGGAUAAGGUGGAGGAGCAGGUGGAGGGCUACGCGGACUGCUGGGGGCGUGGCAUCUUCCACUGCUUGUUCUGCGACGGCUUCGAGGAGCGUGGCGCCGAGUCCGUGGGGGUCCUCGGCGUUGGGCUGCUCUCCUCGCCCGCGGCCCUGACGCACGUCAGCCUCCUGACGAAGCGCCUCGCCGCGCACACCACCAUCUACACCGACGGCGACGCAACCCUCGCUGCCGCGUUCUGCAACUCCGAUGCAACGACGGUGGAGACGCGCAAGAUUGCGCGGCUGGCGCUCCGGGACUGGCCGGCGUCGAGCGCGGUGGUGGUGACGCUGGCGGACGGGACGCGCCGCGAGGAGGCGUUCGUGGCGAGCCACCCGCUGACGGCGCAGGCGGCAGCGCCGUUGCUCGCAGGGCAACUGGGGCUGGGGCUGGAGACGCGGGAGGAGGAGAUGGCGGGCGGGCGGCUGGUGGUGCUCAGGGGCCCGGGGGAGACGAGCGUGGACGGGUGCUUCGCGGCGGGGGACGCGGUGGCGGCGAUGAGGAGCGUGGUGCAGGCGCUGCAGACGGGGCAGGUGGCGGGUGCGGGAUUGGUGAUGCAGCUGAUGCAGGAGCAGGCAGCCAAGGAGGAGCUGUAG